UCUUCGAUCAAAACAACAUGUACGCUCGAAUCUGAAGUCGCAGCAACUGCCGUCACGACCGACUUGCAGGGCGUUUCUAUAGCCACAAUCCUCGAGCACCGCUACGACCAAAUCUGUGACACCUGUUUCGAAAUGAGAGUCCGCUGGGUGGGAGGAGCAGAAAGCUGGGAGCCGGAGAUCGAGGUCCAGAAACAUCACAAAAUAAGUUUGUUUGCCUACUGGGACUCUUUGGAGGGCGGAAGAGAAGGAGCCAUGGUAGAUCCAGAGUUAUGGCACGUGUUCGAGAUCCUAUCUCACACAAGAGGGCUCGGUAGCAGGAUCUACCUGGAAGUCAUCUGGGUUGGAUCUCCCACAUCUUCGUGUGAGCCUGAAGCGACUAUACGGAACGCUGAUAAAAAACUUCUUGAAGGGUACUGGAAAUCUCAGGGCGGUCGUAACAAGGCGUUGAGGGCAUUGCGAGGCUCGUCAGGCCCGAAGGGUUCGCUGAUGAUAUAG